AUGGACAGACCUAAACAGCAUGCUCUGAAUGCACUUCUUUUGGCUGUAAUUCUCGUCAGUUUGACAGAAGGACAACAUACAAUAGCCAACGUCACAUUGCAAGAACUAUUCUUCUCUUCGCCGGGAUAUAUUGACAGUCUCGAUUAUGGAGUCAACAUGACAAGGGAUUACCGUUUCAGUACAAACUAUCCAGGCCACACUUUAGUUCUCAGAGUUGUUGAGUUUGUGCUUGAGGCAGGAGACAAAAAUGGCAAAUGUUUGUACGACAAAGUACUGAUAUAUGACGGGUAUAAUCAAUCAGCGCCGGUAUUACAAGAGCUUUGUGGAACGAUUUCUCCGGGUACUACAUACACUACAUCAGAUGACACGGUUUAUGUAGUGUUCACAUCAGAUCAUUCAAACAAUUUUAAAGGGUUUAAUAUUGCCAUUGUGUCUGAUGGUCCAAUUAUCACAACGACCACAGUAAAAACAACUUUAACUGAGCAGACGUCAAGUACCAGACUGACAACUCCCAACUCUGCAACUUCUCUUACAACUAGAACAACUGGUGACAGGAUAUCAUCAACAACAGUUUCAAACUACAGUUCUACGCCAAGCCAAACAUCAGUAAUAUCAUCAGCAUCUAUCAGCAGGUCAACACCCACCGGUAAAACAACUCGAUCAACAACAGAUAUAUCCAGUCAUAGCACUUCUAAUCCCGAUUCAUCUGUUUCAACUAUAACAACUGUAAAACAUACAACAGGGACUGAUUAUAAUCCUAUUCAUAGUUAUUCAUCAACAUCAUCCACUCCUGCCACUUCACAAUCACGCAGCACAUCGUCAACCUCAUUAACAACUACAGCUCCUAUGAAACUACCCUCUACCUCAAGUUUUACAACUGAUAAGACAUCAACAUCAAAAACUAAAACAUCAGCAACAUCCACAGAGGUACAAACAUCAUCGACACCUACCAGAAACAGUACUUCAGACAGUACAGUAACAACAUCACUACAAACACUGACAUCAAGUGAUACAACAUCCGCAACAACUGACACUAAAAGCACCACGGGAUCUACAGAGAUCAGCAAGAUGACCACAAAAACUACUUCUGGUCCGCCAACUUCCGCCGCGUCCAGAUCUACAUUUAGUUACUCCUCAAGUAGAGCACUCUCUUCAAGCACAACAAGUACCAAAGCUAGUACACUUUCCAGACAAGCCAGCACGACAGUUAUAAGCACCACCAUGAAAACCGGGGAUGAUUUCCCGACAAGUGACGACACCAUAUGGGUGAUUGUAGGCUGUUGUGCUGCAGGAUUUAUUCUCCUCAUCAUUUCCAGCGUGGCUGUAUAUCGCUAUUUGAAGCAGAAAGGACAUAGAGGAAAACCAACUAGUGUGUACCCAAGUGCUCUCUCGCAUGAUAUUGUGGGUAAAACAGUUUUUAGAAAAGCAGACACGCUUCAGCAAAAUGGCACUACACAACCCAUGAACAUCUUUGAUUUGGAUCUCCCUUCACCGAAACACAAGGCAAACAUAUUGCCUCCAGUGAAUGUAGGCUCAUCCAUUGAAAUGGUUUGA